GCGGCACGGGCAAACUUAUCGCGAGUUGUGAGCGGCGCUGAAGAGAGAACGUCAAGAUGGUGGACGUGCUCAAUAUAAGCAACGUCCCGAAUAUCUGCCUGCUGCCGGACGACAUGGAGGAUCCUCGCACGCCGGCUUUGAGAAGGAUCAGUUACGGUAUCGUGAUGCCGACCAUUUGUUGUCUCGGCAUCAUCGGCAACAUCCUGAAUCUCGUCGUUCUCACGAGGAGAAACAUGCGCGGCGCCGCUUACAUCUACAUGAGAGGUUACUCCGCGGCGGCACUCCUCGCGAUCCUCUUCUGCAUCCCCUUCGCACUCAGGGUGCUCAUCCACAAGGAGACGGGAGGAUGGAGCAGUUGGCUGCAAGCCUUCUACCACGUUCACCUCGAGCUCUUUCUCGGCAACGGCUGCCUCGGGGUUGGAGUAAUGAUGCUUCUGGCAUUGACAGUGGAGCGUUACGUGAGCGUCUGUCAUCCCGGACAACACACGCGUCCACUCUGUGGACCCCCUCACCUAACAGUGGUGCUCAUACCCUUGGCUACAUUUCUCGUUUAUCUGCCGAGCGUAUUUCGGGAUGAAAUUACGACCUGUCUGCUGGCGCCCGGUAGCCCCCUAAUCUACCAGAAGAGAGAGAAUCAGUCGUUUCUCAACUCGUGGUACUAUCAGGUAUAUAAAGUGGCGCUGGAAAUGGUUUUUAAAGUGGCGCCGACGAUCCUACUUGCGGGAUUCAAUCUGAGGAUAAUGAUAGUGUACAGGAGGUCCUGCGAACGACGUCGAAGAAUGACUUUAUCGAGGACCGUCAGCAAUGACGAGGAUCCCAGAACUUUCGCCGAGGAACGAAGACUUAUUCUGCUUUUAGGUAGCACCAGUAUCCUGUUUCUAGUCUGCGUUAGUCCUAUGGUUAUCUUGAACGUCACUCUCAGCGAGAGUAAUCUCAGCCACUAUCCUUACCAGGUGUUCCGAGCGUUGGCCAAUCUGCUGGAGGUGAUCUAUUACUCGAUCACGUUUUACAUUUACUGCCUUUUCUCCGAGGACUUCCGCAACACUCUGAUACGCACUUUGCAAUGGCCGUGGGUCAAGAACGAGCAGGGUGGCAGGGGGCUGCCUAUGAAGCGUUCUCCGAUACCGAGACCGACGACUACGACGACGACUCCGCCGACCACCGCGGUCGCAACCCCCGGACAUCUGGCUCGUGCUAGUGUUUAACGCGGAUUUUUUGCCGUCGGUCCCGGCGUCAGUCGCCACUCGGUCGUUGACC